AUGGGUGUUCCUUCGUUCUUCAGAUGGCUUUCAAGGAAGUAUCCUAAAAUCAUAUCGCCUGUUUUAGAAGAACAACCUCAGGUUAUAGACGGUGUAACGUUACCUAUCGAUUAUGCGGCUCCUAAUCCUAAUGGUGAGCUGGACAAUCUGUAUUUGGAUAUGAACGGUAUUGUGCAUCCGUGUUCGCAUCCGGAGAACAAGCCUCCGCCUGAGACGGAAGACGAGAUGCUUCUUGCCGUGUUUGAGUACACUAAUCGAGUCCUGAAUAUGGCUAGACCACGUAAAGUGCUGAUGAUAGCUGUGGAUGGUGUAGCUCCGCGUGCCAAGAUGAACCAGCAACGUUCUCGUAGAUUCAGAAGCGCCAGAGAUGCUCAACUGGAAAAUGAAGCCCGCGAACAAGUCAUGAGGGAACGUGAGGAGAUUGGAGAAGUAAUUGACGAAUCAGUUAAAAGUAAAAAAACCUGGGAUUCCAACGCUAUCACACCGGGAACUCCGUUCAUGGAUAAGCUGGCGGCGGCGCUACGUUACUGGACUUCCUUUAAGCUAUCUACAGAUCCCGGUUGGCGAAAUUUGCAAGUCAUAAUUAGCGAUGCCACGGUGCCGGGCGAAGGUGAACACAAGAUUAUGAACUUCGUUAGAUCGCAGCGGGCGGACCCUCAGUAUAAUCCGAACACCACUCACUGUAUAUACGGUUUAGACGCCGAUCUGAUCUUUUUAGGUUUAGCGACACACGAGCCGCAUUUCAAGAUACUGAGAGAAGAUGUGUUCGCCCAGAACAAUCGUAAAAGACACAACUUCAAGGAUACUUUGGAUAUGACUGAGGAGGAGAAGCAGCUUAUAGCCAAGGAGGACUCCGAAAAGCCAUUUUUAUGGUUGCACAUCAGUGUACUGAGAGAAUAUCUGGCUGCUGAGUUGUGGGUGCCGAAAUUAUCGAUCCCAUUUGACCUGGAACGAGCCAUCGACGACUGGGUUUUCAUGUGUUUUUUCUGUGGUAAUGACUUUCUUCCUCAUCUGCCUAGUCUUGACGUCAGGGAGAAUAGUAUCGAUAUAUUAUUAGACAUAUGGAAGGUUGUCCUGCCGGGCUUGAAGUCUUAUAUGACAUGUGAUGGUGAGUUGAACUUGAAGUCUGUUGAAACGCUAUUGGGACAUCUGGGUGCCCGUGAAGCGGACAUCUUCAAGACGAGACACAUCCAGGAGGUGAGAAAACAGGAAUCAAUUCAGAGGAGGAAGUUGCAAAGAGAUGUUUCGAAGGGUCAGGAUAGACAUCCAACCAAGGUUAAUGAGCAAUUACAGAUGUAUGACACCCAAGGAAAUCUUGCAACGGGCUCAUGGAAUCUCACUACAAGCGAUAUGGUUAAUCUGAAAAAGGAGAUUAUGUUAGCAAACGAAGGAGACGCUGAAGCGAUAGCUAUUGUAAAAGCGCAAAGUGAUAAGAACGAUCAAAUUAUGAAAGAAAUAAGCUCAACUGACAUGGAUAAAGUUGUUAGCGAGGCUAAUAAAGCCAAUUACUCCGUUGCUGAUCUAAUGAAGAAGAAGUUGAUAGCCAAGAAGCACAAGCUGGAGCAGGAAGAAGCGAAACAAGAACGUGAGGCCAAACGAGCUAAAGCCGAAGAAGAAAACAUAGACGUAAAGCAGGCGGCAGCAGAAAGAGAACUGGAUGAAGAAAUCAGAGCCGAGAUCAUCAAUGAAGUCGAAGAGGAAGAUGCCGAUGAUGAUGAUGAGGAUAAUGAUGCUGAUGAGAAUGAAGAGCCUAUAGAAAGCGGACAGAUCUCCUUCGAAGAUCCAAAGGGGGGCCAGUCUGUGCCAGUCGUCUCUUCGGGUGGUAUGCGCAGUGGAGUCUUUGACAGUGAUGCUGAGGUGAGGCUAUAUGAACCUGGUUAUAAAGAGAGAUACUAUAUUGCCAAGUUCAAUAUCGGCGAACAAGAAAUUGAGCCUUUGAGGAAGGAUCUUGUAAAGCAUUACAUUGAAGGUGUCUCAUGGGUUUUAGCCUAUUAUUAUCAAGGCUGUGCGUCAUGGGAUUGGUUUUAUCCUUAUCAUUAUGCACCAUUUGCUGCCGACUUUAUUGGUAUAGCCGACAUCAAGAUCGAGUUCGAAAAGGGUGAGCCAAUCUUGCCUUACGAGCAACUGAUGAGUGUGCUCCCUGCGGCCUCUGGUCACACGUUACCUCCUAUAUUCAGGCCUUUGAUGAGUGAUCCAGACUCGGAGAUUAUAGACUUCUAUCCAACAGAGUUCCCGAUUGAUAUGAAUGGAAAAAAAAUGUCGUGGCAAGGCAUAGCGCUCUUACCGUUCAUUGAGUCUAAGAGACUGCUGAGAGUUGUGAGAGAGCAGUAUCGACUUUUAUCCGAUUAUGAGAAAUCGCGUAAUGUUCGUAAGGAUCCGGUUCUAAUCAUCAGCAAUAAAAACGUCAACUAUGAGAAGUUUGCGAAGCGCUUAUUUAAAGAAACUAGCGAGGAGACGGAUCUAAAGUUUCAGCAUUUCAAGAGUGGCCUUAGCGGUAUCGUUUCAACUGAUGUUGAAGGAUUUCAGCUGAAUAGCAAAAUGCAGUGCCCUAUUCAGACGGGCUCCCUGCCCGAGCUUUCUACGAACCUAUUUCUCAAGAUGGCAUUCAAAUUGCAGCCGCUACCUGGGAGAAAUAAGUCUGUGACACUGAAUGGUUUUAUACCAUCCGAACCAGUUUUAUCGCCUUAUGAUUUGGAUGCCAUCUAUUACAGAUACAAUAACAGCCAAAAUGGUAACCGAUCUGGUCGUUGGAAUUUUGAAAAUGAUAUGAGGCAAAACAAAGUACCUGUGGGCCCCAGCGGUACCACACAAUAUAAGCCACGAGUUGGAGGAUUUCGGUCUUUUUACUAUUUUGGACAGAUGAACAACACAGCCAACUAUUCCAAUGAGUACAAUGGUAGGAAUUAUCAGCAAGCGGAACAAUAUGCAGGUCAAAGAAGAUAUCCCGGUGCUGACAACUACAGAGGUAACAGCGGAGGCGCAAAGAACCAGUACAAUACCCAUCAGAGCCGUUACUCCGAUAGCUAUGGAACUGGUGCCGGUCGCAGCUAUAAUGUUCGCGACAGACAGUAUUCGGGCAAUGGUACUGCCAUUGGAAGAAGGUAUCAGGGAUCUAAUAGGCCAGCAUACAAAUCUGGAUAUACACCGCGCCGAUAA